AUGAAGGUGCAGAUUGUGCUGUGCGUUGUGUUGGCGGUGCUUUGCUGCUUCGUGUCGGCGGAGGAAACGGCUGCGGACCGUACCAAGCGGCACGGAUAUCCGGGCUUCGGUGGUGGAUACGGCCAUGGAUUCGGCGGUGGAUACGGUGGAUACGGUGGUUACGGAGGGUACGGACACGGAUAUCCGGGUUACGGCGGUGGCUACGGACUGUACGGUGGUCAUGGUGGAUACGGUCUCGGCCAUGGCUACGGAGGAUAUGGCGGACACGGUUAUGGAGGUUAUGGCGGAUACGGACAUGGCGGUUACGGUCAUGGUGGAUACGGCCACGGUGGAUAUCCCGGCGGUUUCGGAGGACUCUUCGGUUAA